AUGACAAUUCGCUUUACUGAUGAACCCACUGAUGGCCAAACCUUCCAGUACCAAAAUCAAUUACCCAAGUUACCUAUUCCCGAGCUCGAGGAUACUGCCAGGAGAUACUUGGCUGCAGUCAAGCCCUUACAGUCUCCUGAAGAGCAUCAAGCCACUAUACAAUCCGUCCAAGAAUUCAUGAAGAAAGAGGGUCCUUUGUUGCAAGAAAAGCUAAAGACCUAUGCUACGGACAAAUCAUCCUACAUUGAAGAGUUCUGGUACGACUCUUAUCUCCACUACACCGACCCGGUGGUCCUUAACCUCAACCCCUUCUUCUUGCUUGAAGACGACCCAACGCCUCUCCGUAACGACCAAGUGAUCCGCGCCUCCUCUCUCAUCUACUCUACCUUGACCUUUGUGCAUGCUCUCAAGACAAGACAUUUGGAGCCAGAUGUAUUCCGUGGCAUUCCUCUCUGUAUGUCGCAAUUCAGUCGUCUGUUUGCUACUGCCCGCGUGCCUACUGAAAACGGCUGCUACAUUGCUCCCAACAACGAGAUCAACGGUCGCCACAUUGUCGUCAUGUCUCACUCUCAGUUCUAUCACUUUGAAGUGUUUGAUGAAUCUGGUGAUUUUGUCUUGACAGAGAAGGAGAUUGCUGCUAAUUUGAGAGCCAUUUUGCGUGAUUCUGCACAGACGCCUAUUGCUGACAUUGCCAAAAAUGCAGUUGGCAUCCUGACUACCGAGAACCGUCGUAAUUGGGCCAAACUGAGAACCCAACUCAAGAGUGACCCCGUCAAUCGUGAAUCACUCAAGGUGGUUGACGGCGCCUUGUUCAUUGUGUGUCUUGAUCACGUUCAGCCUACAUCAUCUGAAGAAUUGAGUAACAACAUGCUGUGUGGCACUUACAAUUUAGAUCAGGGAUUGCAAGUGGGUACCUGCACUAAUCGAUGGUAUGAUAAACUCCAGAUCAUUGUUUGUCAAAACGGUAGUGCGGGUAUAAAUUUCGAACACACAGGCGUAGAUGGCCAUACGGUUUUGCGUUACGUUUCUGAUAUAUACACUGAUACCAUCUUGCGUUUCGCAAAGACUAUUAAUAGUCAAACGCAAUCCAUUUUCCACAAUUAUCGUCAACGAAGAGAGAGUCAUAAUACCAACGCUGCUGCACCUCGUGAUAGAGCUGGCUCCACUGGAAGCGCUACGGGUUAUUUCGACCACAAUCCUCGCAAGAUUGAAUGGAACAUGACAGAGGAGGUCGAGCUGGGUGUUCGCUUUGCUGAGACAAGACUGAGCGAUCUCAUCUUGCAAAAUGAAGUCAAGGUACUCGAGUUUAACGACUACGGCAAAAACUUUAUUACUGAUAUGAAAAUGAGUCCCGAUGCAUUUGUUCAGAUGGCUAUUCAAGCUGCCUACUAUGGCCUCUAUGGUAAAUCCGAGUGCACUUACGAACCUGCCAUGACGAAAACGUUCUUGCAUGGCCGCACUGAAGCCAUUCGCUCUGUCACCGCUGAGUCCACCAAGUUUGUUCAAAACUUUUACUCCAGCACUGCUUCUGCCUAUGAGAAAUUGAACUCGCUGCGUCAGGCAUUAAAGACACAUACCAACAUCACCCGUGAAUGCUCCAAGGGCCAAGGCCAAGACCGCCAUCUUUAUGCUUUAGAGUGUGUCUGGGACAGACUUUACAAGAAUGAAAAGAAGCCUCAGAUCUUUACUGAUGGCGGCUGGAAGACAUUGAACAAUACCGUCAUCAGCACAUCCAACUGUGGUAAUCCUGCUCUUCGCUUGUUUGGCUUUGGUCCCGUUGUUUCCAAUGGGUUUGGUAUUGGCUAUAUCAUCAAAGAAGACCGCAUCUCGUUUGUUGCCUCUUCCAAGCAUCGUCAAACAGAACGCUUCUUGCAGACAUUGAAAAAGUUCUUGAACGACAUCAAGACUAUGCUGUUGAAGGAAAAAUACCCUGGUGGUGUCUCCCAACGUCAACGUAUUCUUGCUCUUGAGGAACAGGCAUAUCAAUUACAAAAUGAUGGCUACAGCUACUUUGAUAAUGGCUACGAGCCUGCUGCAAGUGACCAUACUUUGUCUGAUGGUGCUGGUUCACCUACUACCACAAAUGAUAGUGGUAUGUCCCCUACAAGAACGAGUCGCAAGAUUGGUAAGCGUUUGGUUAUUCGCGAGAGUGAUGACUAA